GAGAAAAAAAAAACAGCUGCACAGAAAUGAAAGGUGAGCAGGCCUUGUGUCGCUCACGGCUGAUGAGAGGUAGGAAAAACCAAAACUGGGACGGGUACAGGGGCGCGAAACAAACACACUGACGUGCCAGCGCGCAUUUGCACGAGCCACCUUUUAACUUGGAAUCCGGACCGACGUCACCGUCUACGCGUCGACGACGUCACAACUGUGAUAGUGGCGCCAUCAUGCGGCGUUUUUCGUAAACAGAUGUCGCAGCCAUCGUAGCAGCAGCAGUGGCGGCGAGCAGCCAAACAAGCUGUACGACGGGGGUAGCGCGAGCGAGCCAGGCGUCCGUGUUGUACGCUGGCUUGUCGAACUGCUGUGCGGAGUGAUGCUUCUUCCGUAGUGCUGGUCUCGGGGGAUCAUCCGGCCAGCAGCGACGGAUAUGGACGGCCCGCAGCGCGAGCCGGCAAUCGUUCACGGAUUCCAGAGGCCGCCUGAACUGGACCCGUGAGCGCGAGAGGCGCCCUUUGACUUCGGGCGCCGCUCGACACCACCGACGUCGGCGGUCGAGCGUGGCGGCCGGAACAUGUUGCUCAAAGAGUACAGGAUCCCGCUGCCCCUGUCGGUCGAGGAGUACCGGGUAGCGCAGCUCUACAUGAUCGCCAAAAAGAGCCGUGAAGAAAGCAAAGGAGUCGGCAGCGGAGUGGAAAUUAUGGUGAACGAGCCCUACACUGAUGGACGAGGUUCGGGCCAGUACACCCACAAGAUUUAUCACAUUGGAAGCCACUUGCCUGGCUGGUUCAAGGCCCUGCUGCCAAAGUCGGCCCUGACUGUGGAAGAGGAAGCCUGGAAUGCAUACCCUUACACCAAGACACGUUACACGUGCCCGUUCAUCGAGCGCUUCUACCUUGAGAUCGAGACCAAGUACUUCGCCGACGCCGGUGAACAGGAAAAUGUGUUUGAGCUGUCCGGUUCAGAACUGCGCAACUUGCAAGUUGAUGUGAUUGAUGUCGUGAAGGACCAGCUGACUGGUUCAGACUAUGUCCGUGAGGAGGACCCAAAGCUCUAUAUCUCAGCCAAGACAUCACGUGGUCCCUUGGAUGACGACUGGCUUCAGGCUUACCUUGACCACCGGCAGUUGGGGACGCCGGCGCCUCCUCCUGGUGAUGGGAUCAUCAUGUGUGCCUACAAGCUCUGUCGGGUGGAAUUCCGCUACUGGGGCAUGCAAAGCAAGAUUGAGAAGUUCAUCCACGAUGUAGCGCUGCGCAAGACCAUGCUGCGUGCUCACCGACAGGCGUGGGCCUGGCAGGACGAGUGGGUGGGUCUCACAAUGGAUGACAUCCGGCAGAUCGAGCGUGAGACCCAGGAAGCCCUGGCGCGCAAGAUGGCUGCCGACAAGGUCAGCGAGGAAGGGGACGAGGAAGAGGCCCUGGCUCACUCCUGCUCUGCCGCCUCCAUCCCCAAGGUUGACCUGAAUGUGAUAGACAAGGACAAGGAAGUGACGGUCGGCGAGCCCGUAAAGCCUGCCAGCCGUACGCGUUCCAAAAGUCGCAGCCCGCCACGCCUAACUCGGGAACCCGAGGCCGAGCCCGCUUCAGCCCUGCCCGUGGCCAGUCCCAAGCUGGCGGAUGGCAAGGGCCAUGCACAGGGACACCGCAAGUCCUGGGUCCGCAGCAACUCAAAGGGCGCCCUCCAUUCACCCAGUGGAAGCUCCACGCAAAGCUUUGACCUGCAGCUUGCCAACUGGAGGAUGGAGAGUAUUGUUCGGGAAUCGGACAGCAGCUCCAAUGAUGAGUUCUUCGAUGCCGAAGACAUCUGUGGUGCUGAGGACUAUGGCUUUAGUCCAAUGACAAAGUGGAGCUCCCUAGAAAUGGUCUCUUCAGAAAACGAGAAAGGUGGAAUUUUCGGUAGUGCAUCGACACCUGAUGAGGACAGCAUAUUCAGUGCCUCCCACAUCCGGCGAACGCAUGCUGUGAGCUUUGGCCGAUCGGCAUCCACCACAGGUGCCUCGACCUACCUGUCGGACUCUCCAACUGCAUCACCAGGUCACCAGGGGGGAGGAACGUCUGCGACACCCUGCCCGACCUCUGUCCUCGUGCUGGUCCUCCACGCUGGCAAUGUGCUGGACUCUGGUGCCGAGGGCCCCACCCCAAAGACCGCUGACCUGGCCACAUUCCGGGCCGCCAUGGAUUCGGCCAUUCGGCAGCACUACCCGACCAUGCUGGGCCGUGUCGCCUUGCGCCUCGUGAGCUGUCCGGCCCCUUGUGCUGAGGCUUUGGCAGUUCUUUCCAAUCUUAGUCCCUACAGCUUUCAAGCAUCACCGUCGGCAGUCGACGGCGGUGCUUUCCGCCAUCAGGACUCGAUACCUCUCGGUGCCCUACCGCUCUUCGCAGUCUCCUCUCCCGAUUACCCAGACCUUGUUUCGCGGACAGUUUGUGCGGCCAACCAAGCCUACCAUGACUUCCUCAAGUCUGAGCAAGGGCAGGGAUUCGCAGGACAGGUUGCACUCAUUGGCGACAGCGUUGGCUCCAUAUUGGGAUUCGACGCGCUUUGUCGGGCCGCUCAGUUGGGCAGCCGUUACGGCAGCGAGAACAGCAUCAAUGAGGAAACCCCAGGUGCGGCCUCGCGCCCCAAUCCGCUCAUCUCCAUCAGCGACGGCAGUGGCAACGAAGACGCAGAGGAUUCAGGUGGUGCCGCGGCGGUGGCAGCUAGCGGUGGCAGUUCCUCUGUUGCUCAGGGGACCCCUUCACGCAACUACCGCAAGUCUGCGUCUCAUCCACCCGAUGCCGCUGCGGCAGCCGCUACUGCAUCUGAAGUGACGGGCAUGGGCGAGGGAGCAGCAUCGUUCCACAGGCUCCUAAGUGCUCCUCCUCCUCGUCGCUCCAGUUCAUGCUCCAGUGAACAGGGAGGCCACGGGCGGUUUGACUUCGAGGUGUCCGACUUUUUCAUGUUCGGCUCCCCCAUGGCAUUGGUGCUGGCCUAUCGCAAAAUGCUCUCGUUCGAUGACAAGAAUGCUCCCUUGCCACGACCUCAAUGUUCUCAGGUGUACAACUUGUUUCACCCCACGGACCCCCUGGCGGCACGCCUCGAACCGUUGCUGAGUGCUCGAUUUUCUCAGCUGCCUCCUGUAAAUGUACCCCGAUAUCAAAAGUACCCACUCGGCGAUGGUCAACCCGUCCACUUACUGGAAUACCUGCAGAGCCAUGCUCACAUCUUUGUGGAAGGGCUGCCCCCGUCGUCCUCUGGCUAUGCCUGCAUGGGGCGGCGAACCAGCGAAGCCAGCAUCUCAAGCACCGUGUCGGGCGUCUCAGAGGCUCUGCCCCUCAGCACUGUCACUUCAUUGACACAGAAGUGGUGGGGCAGCCGACGCCUGGACUUUGCCCUGUACUGCCCUGAGGGCCUGGCCAACUUCCCGCCGCACGUACUGCCGCACCUGUUUCAUGCCUCCUACUGGGAGUCUAUGGAUGUGGUCGGCUUGCUGCUGCGGCAACUGCUUCGCGGAGGGUGUGGUGUCGCGGGUGCCCUUGAUGGUGGUGGAGGAGACGGGGUUGUUGCCGGCACACUUGAUCGAGACCUGGCCCCUUUCGUGCCCGGGCAGCCCCGUGAAAAGUGGCUCCGCAAGCGCACCUCCGUCAAAAUCAAGAAUGUGACGUCCAACCACCGGGCCAACGACGUGAUCGUGAAGGAGGGUGAACCACAGGUGCUGACGGCACGUUUCAUGUAUGGACCUCUGGACAUGGUGGCUCUGUCGGGUGAAAAGGUGGACGUGCACUUGAUGCGUGACAGUGGCCACUGGACGCUGCUGGGCACUCAGCUGACCGAUCGCAAUGGACGGCUUUCGUUCAGCAUGCCGAAGGACUUGGGACUCGGAUAUGGGCUCUUCCCCGUCAAGGCCAUCGUCAGAGGUGACCACACAUCCAUCGACUUCUUCCUUGCUAUUGUGCCUCCAAAAACCGAGUGUGUCGUGUUCAGUAUUGACGGCUCCUUCACGGCCAGCGUCUCAGUCUCUGGUCGAGAUCCCAAAGUUAGAGCUGGAGCUGUAGACGUAGUCAGGCACUGGCAAGAGCUGGGCUACCUGAUCAUUUACAUCACGGGGCGGCCCGACAUGCAACAGCAGCGAGUGGUCUCCUGGCUUGCCCAGCACAACUUUCCCCAUGGCCUUGUCUCUUUCGCCGAGGGACUCUCCACUGAACCUCUCAGGCACAAGCUCAGCUACCUUCGACACCUGCAGACACACGCAGAGAUUGUCUACCACGCCGCUUAUGGUUCUGCCAAGGACAUUGCAGUGUACACUGCACUUGGCCUCACAAAAGAGCAGAUCUUCAUUGUUGGAAAAGUUUCCAAGAAACAACAUUCCCUAGCCACGGUGCUCUACGAAGGGUACGCACUUCACUUAACGGAUUUGAAGAGUCCUGGCCUGCCGCUUUGUCGGCCGGCCCAGGGCAAUGCCCGCAUGGUUCUGUCACGCGGAUGCUUUGGGCUGCCUGGCCAAGGUCUCUCUGGUGCAGCCGGUGCUCUGCGGCGACGGCGCUCGGCCAAGCGAACAACCUCUUACCCACUGUCAGCCUCGCCGGCAUCCCCUGGCCCUUCCUCCACUUCCGGUGGGGGCAUCAAGACUGGCUCUGGCAGCAGUAAAGUGUGAGCGCCUUUCGUCACCGCGAUACACAGCCCACGACAUCUUCCUCGUCACUUCAUCUCCGCAGGUCUGAGUGAGACCUCACUUCUCGUGCACCCGAAGAGUUGUGAAUCCUCUUGAGCUAGGAAGGACGGCACCCCCGUGCACAAGACCGUCACCCAACACGUCACAUCACCGCACCGCCAUGGUUGUUUUGCCUUUCCACAUGAGCGACAUCUGUAGGGUUUACCUUAGCCUUUUCGAGAGAACCUUCCCCUUUUUCAGAAGAAAAAUGAGUUUGCUUCUAUACUUACUGCAAAGUAUCACCCUGUGGAGUGGCUUCUGCGCUGUUACUUGCUCCGAGUCUUGGAAGUAUCUCUUGCGAGACUUGGCUGUGUAGUGGGACAUUCGUCGGAAAGAUUUAUGUGUCAGUUUUCAGUGUGAUAAAAGCUUGCUUUUGAAGUCAUCGACAGAUCAGGCAGCUUUAGCUAGCAGGAACGGUAUAGUUUGAGCUUCAGCUUCUACAAGCUUUACGGGUAGCUGAGAUGUACAGCGAAAAAGACGCUUUGCAAGGGAAAUGAGCCCGAGUUUAACGUUGCAUUGUCGACUGUGCUGUGACACCAGUAGAGGACUUUACGGGCAUGGAAAGCCAAGCAUGGAUGUAUAGCACAGAGUUACUCGUGGCAGCUGCAACGUCAAUGACAAGUGUUGCUAUACUCGGCCAUCAUGCUUUGUUCACCAUGUGACAGUUCCUCAUUGAGAAGAUAAAGGGUUUCGGUGUGGUGUGACACCAUUUUUCUGCUAACUCUCAUCAAGAUUUUCAAGUUGGGAACUUUGCAUAAACGAAGGUGGCGGGAGACGGAAUGCUUACAAAUAGCGGCAGUUUACUUGUCAGUGGAACCGUGCACCACUUAUUUUUUUGUGGCUUUCUCAAAAGGCUCGAUUCAUCUUGACAAGAGUGAGCUUUGUCAUCAUUCCUGCUUCACCACGUGUCAGCUACGCUUCGCUGGCACCAAGAUGCAGGGAGGAGCACAUCGCUCCUCGCCGUGUGAAACUGGACAACGGAAGAGAACCCCACCAUCUUCAGCGUAGGUUGUGAGAUGAGCAUCGUUUGACGGCCGAAUGUCACAAACAAGAACGCUCCACGAGUGCUCUACGUGUGAUGCCUAGUACGAAGCUGUGUCGUUACCUGCGUCGGUGUAGUUGGCAGGGAUUGUUUCUUUUUUUGCAGGAAGGUGCUCAGGUCGCACUGUGUUUCUCAUCCCCCCUGCCUUUCCGUGUGUGGCCUACUUUUAGUGCAAAACAUAGUUGAUACGUGAGUAUGGUUGUUGACCUUUCGAGAAUGUUUUUAUUUCUUACCGCGGGAGGUGUGCGUGUCCAGUGUAGCACGUUAAAUUGAACCUUGCUAAGCAGCCGAGGUGUUGCGUGUGGAGGAUUGUAGAGAGCGUAGUGUGCUGAAGGUGUGGUACGUAUCGGUAGCAUUUUGAAAAGGAUUUCCCAGCUUCCAGCUCUCUUGAAGACAUAUUUUCUGUUGUUUGUUGUUACAAAGGUUGCCGAAAUUUUUGUAAUUUAGUUACUUACAGUGUUAGGUUGCUGUAGGUUUUCCCAUUCCAUCAUGCUAGUCAGUAAUGGCUGAAGAGAUGAAGUGAUUAGCAUGGGUAUGGAAAUACAUGCGAGAAUGUUGGCAGAAUAGCUUAGCUCUACGCACCUAUCAAUGCUGUGCAGUGAUUACAAGUGCUAAUGGGCAAGAUGGAUAGCCUAGAUAGACUUGUCUACUCACUUGAAAUGUCCACAGCUAACUCUAAUGCUUGUACGAUCAACUUAGACUGGACCACUGUCAGAGGAUUUGGGAAAAAAAAUGAAACAGUUACUAUCUUCAAAGGCUUUCUAUAUUUAUACCCUCAUGCUCAAACGCUGUUUAUUAAGGUGCAGUGCUGCACAAUGUCAAAUGCCAAGUGUUAGAAAGGCACAUUUUCUUUGCAGGUUUAUCUAAUGUUGCUUAUUUUGCACGUUCGACACCACGAGUUGCUUAGGUGACAUGACCUUCAUAUACUCUAACCCUAAGAAAUAUGUCUAGUCGCUGCUUUUUAUGAGUAAGAAGCUGUUAUCACUGCUAACUUUUCAUCAACUUCUCGUUACUGCAUCUUUAACUUCAGAUUCAGCACUUAUUGUUACAACCAUACACAUGCAUUCUUCUUGUUUUUAAUGUAUAUGAUACAAAGCAUUCAUGUUUGCAUUGCCAUAUGUGCAUCAGUAUAGUGUAGAUGUAACACCGAUAUGAUGGGCAUUUAAAUAUGGCAAUUUGUGGGGGCCUGCGGCAAAGGGUGUUUUCGUGUGUGGUAUCACCCACAUCAAUAAGCGCUCGUGAGGUUUGUUGUGUGCACAUUAUUCACAAUUCUCAUUUUGUGUCACACUUGAGCUUCAAGGCAAGCUAUGCAGCAUUGUUCAAAGCUUCACAGCAGCAUACUAGUGGUUGCCAUGAAGCCCCAGUCCCUUUCUGAAGGUAGCAACAUCAAGGGCAUCGAUUUUUUCUGGUGACUCAGGGUACAAAACAGUUUCGAUUUUUUUUUUCAUGACUGUGGUGUGCGACCAGUGUCGGGACCCUUUUUUUUUUAAACACAGAUUAUGGGUUAUGUACUAGGCUGGGAGAAAACACGGCAUUUAUGUUUGUCCUAAAGAAAGCCAAAUUGUUUCAGCUCUCAAGCUUGAUACUCGAAGCCAGGUUUCUCAAAAGACGAGUUGGAAUAACCAUUUGUUUAGGCCAAUUGUGUUUUAAAUUUUUGUGUAUAAGUAUUACCGUGGUCCCAAAAGUAUGACUAAGCCAGCACCAUACUAUGGCAUGUUUUUGAGGGUUGCCGGCCAGUGGUUCUCAGCCAUGGAUGUGUCAGGACCCCUUGUGGACUGGUGGUAGUGAUGGGGGACACCUUGCAGCAAAGGGGAGGGAGGGGGGUCGUGGUAAGUAGGUAAAUUAAUACAACGCAGCGUGAAACAGGGGUCUUUUGUUGCUUUCGAAAACAUCAAUAAACUUGCCACAUUGCUUCAUUUUGGACAGUUCAUCAAUACGUGGCAUAGUCAUGCUUAAAAAAAAGUGAGAGUUUCGGGGAUCAUAGAAAUAGCUUCGCGCACCCUAGGAGGUCCGCGGACCCCCAUUUGAGAACCACUGCCGUAGGCAAAUAAAGUGAUUCAUUGAGCAUUAAUACCAAUCAAAGCCAAUAUCUCUUUGCUCAUGAAGGCAGACACAUCCCAAAUAAAUUUAUAGUUCAAUUGCACUUAUUUCUUCGAGUUUGGACUGGUUUAUAUGCGACCUGGUUAUUAACUUCCUUAACUUGGCUUUCAAUUUAAAAGUCGAAAGCCUUUAAUAGACUCCAGCCCAGAACAUGAGAGAUCUGCAGCAGUUUUUCAUGAGCGUGAAAAUUAAACCUUGUUUGAAGUACCAUAUCUCUUCCCAUAUAACCCGCCCACGCAUAUAACCCACACUCCCAACUAAACUUCGAGGGAAAAAAUUUAAAAAAGGUCCCUGCACACUAUUGUAAAGAGCUUACAGCUACCUUCUUUGCCAGCUGUGCAGCAUUGACAUGAAGCCACAUUGCUUGCCAAAAUAUGUGUAUAAGAUCACCUCAACUUCUACUCUGAUUUUCCUGUACUUCAUAGCAAGUCAUGCACAAAAAAAGGCAGUAUAGUUUCUCUGGGUUUGUAUUAUUCCUGUACAGUGCUGUGUGCAUUUGCAUUAUAAACUUUGGAAAUGUUUUAUUUCUUUAAUUUACAAGGGCUAAACAUCUUUCUGAACUCAUACAUAUUGGAAGACAGUCUAUAGUCUAAUUUAAUGGAAA